ACGAGCUGAAACCAGCUUCUGAUCGAGCUGUGACGUCAUCAGUCUGGACCAAACAAAGCAUCCACGAAGUGAUACCAGCUUCUGAUCAGGCCGUGACGUCAUUAGAGAGGACCAACCCAGAUACAGACGAGCUGAUACCAGCUUCUGAUCGAGCUGUGACGUCAUCAGUGUUGACCGAACAAGACGCCCACGGGGUAAAGCCAGCUUCUGAUCGAGCUUUGACGUCAUCAGAAGCGAGUAUCUCUGGCGUAGACGCGUCUGAGUCCAACACGAGAGAGACGCAAAACCCACCUAGUGGUGGAGGUGGGGACGGGACGGUGAGCUCUUCGACAACUUCGGCAACUUUGGCAACUGUGAACUCUUCGACAACUUCGGCAACUUUGGCAAGUGUGAGCUCUUCGGCAACUUUGGCAACUUCGGCAAGUGUGAGCUCUUCGGCAACUUUGGCAACUGUGAGCUCUUCGUCAACUUUGGCAACUGUGAGCUCUUCGUCAACUUUGGCAACUGUGAGCUCUUCAGCAACUUUGGCAACUGUGAGCUCUUCGGCAACUUUGGCAACUGUGAGCUCUUCGGCAACUUUGGCAACUGUGAGCUCUUCGGCAACUUUGGCAACUGUAAGCUCUUCGGCAACUUUGGCAACUGUGAGCUCUUCGUCAACUUUGGCAACUGUGAGCUCUGAAAGCCUCCCCCGGGACGACCACCCUGCUCCGCCCACUCACCAAAACACGACGACUGUUUCCCCAACUAUUGCUCAACGGCUGCACCUACUUUCCUCUCACGUCAGUCGUGGAAAAAGUACCGUCAUGUCGUCUGACCAAACCACCACCACCGCCACCUCCGCGCAGGAACCCAGCCAUGAGAAAGUAGUUCCCGCCACACAAACGGACCGACCAGAAGCUCCCGCUGUGGAGGCGUAUCAAAAUGGAGGUCACACAUCAGUUGAUCGUCUUCCAGAAGAAAAAUUCACGCGAGGUGAUCAAAACAAAACUCUUCCCACUCCCUCUCGUGGCGUCACCGACCCUCCGUCCACACUGGCCGGGCGUGAUUACGUCACGAAGUCACGUGAUGAUCAGACGAGGCUCAAACCAACACCCUCGCCCCGUGUGACUGAGAGAGGACGCCGGCAGAAACCAGAGACCUAUCACGUGAUUGUUCCUGAGGUCGUCGACCCUGACACGGGUCAAGGUCACAGCACGUCUAGAACGUUCCCCCAGACGUCGGGAGGGGCGGCCACUCCAGCUGUGACGUCAUCAGCCUGGACCAAACAAGACGCCCACGAGGGGAAGCAAGCUUCUGAUCAAGCUGUGACGUCAUCAGUCUGGACCAAACAAAGCAUCCACGAAGUGAUACCAGCUUCUGAUCAGGCCGUGACGUCAUCAGUCUGGACCAAACAAGACGCACACGAGCUGAAACCAGCUUCUGAUCGAGCUGUGACGUCAUCAGUCUGGACCAAACAAAGCAUCCACGAAGUGAUACCAGCUUCUGAUCAGGCCGUGACGUCAUUAGAGAGGACCAACCCAGAUACAGACGAGCUGAUACCAGCUUCUGAUCGAGCUUUGACGUCAUCAGAAGCGAGUAUCUCUGGCGUAGACGCGUCUGAGUCCAACACGAGAGAGACGCAAAACCCACCUAGUGGUGGAGGUGGGGACGGGACGGUGAGCUCUUCGACAACUUCGGCAACUUUGGCAACUGUGAACUCUUCGACAACUUCGGCAACUUUGGCAACUUCGGCAAGUGUGAGCUCUUCGGCAACUUUGGCAACUGUGAGCUCUUCGUCAACUUUGGCAACUGUGAGCUCUUCGUCAACUUUGGCAACUGUGAGCUCUUCGUCAACUUUGGCAACUGUGAGCUCUUCAGCAACUUUGGCAACUGUGAGCUCUUCGGCAACUUUGGCAACUGUGAGCUCUUCGGCAACUUUGGCAACUGUGAGCUCUUCGUCAACUUUGGCAACUGUGAGCUCUGAAAGCCUCCCCCGGGACGACCACCCUGCUCCGCCCACUCACCAAAACACGACGACUGUUUCCCCAACUAUUGCUCAACGGCCGCACCUACUUUCCUCUCACGUCAGUCGUGGAAAAAGUACCGUCAUGUCGUCUGACCAAACCACCACCACCGCCACCUCCGCGCAGGAACCCAGCCAUGAGAAAGUAGUUCCCGCCACACAAACGGACCGACCAGAAGCUCCCGCUGUGGAGGCGUAUCAAAAUGGAGGUCACACAUCAGUUGAUCGUCUUCCAGAAGAAAAAUUCACGCGAGGUGAUCAAAACAAAACUCUUCCCACUCCCUCUCGUGGCGUCACCGACCCACCGUCCACACUGGCCGGGCGUGAUUACGUCACGAAGUCACGUGAUGAUCAGACGAGGCUCAAACCAACACCCUCGCCCCGUGUGACUGAGAGAGUGACCACCCAAUCCAAACAUCAAAAGACAGAAACAACUUUGUCUCAAACUAAGAGGAAAACAUUUGGCCAUCUAGAUUUUUCAGAAUUUUCUGAAGACAAAAAAGACGUGACAUCAAAAGGACAUAACGAAGAUGUCAGAUUUACGAAAACUACAAACAGAAUGUCCAGUGAUUCUUCCAGAAGCAGCCUCUUCAGAACUACACCCACGCUUUCUGAUCGAAAACCAUUUUCAUUCGCAACUCCGAAACAAUUUCCCUCCGCACCCCCCAGGGGAAGUACAACAUCCUCUAGUCUGUCUGACCACCAUGACGUAGAGGUGAGUGGUCGCUACUAUGAAGGGAGCACCGCAGCUCCAAACACUAAUAGUGACUACUUCGAACAGAAGACGACAGCUCCAAACACUAGUAGUGACUACUUCAAGGAGAAGGCCAACACUUUGUCUCAAACUAAGGGGAAAACAGUUGACCAUUCAGAAUUUUCUGAAGGCAAAAAUGACGUCACAUUAAUGGGACAAGACGAAACAGCAAAACUCACGACGACAAACAGAAUGUCCACUUUGUCUUCACAGGAAGAAAUACCUUUGGACGAGUCGACUUUGUCUUCACAGAAAGAAAUACCUUUGGACGAGUCGACUUUGUCUUCACAGAAAGAAAUACCUUUGGGUGAGUCCACUUUGUCUUCACAGAAAGAAAUACCUUUGGACGAGUCGACUUUGUCUUCACAGAAAGAAAUACCUUUGGGUGAGUCCACUUUGUCUUCACAGAAAGAAAUACCUUUGGACGAGUCGACUUUGUCUUCACAGAAAGAAAUACCUUUGGAUGAGUCCACUUUGUCUUCACAGAAAGAAAUACCUUUGGACGAGUCGACUUUGUAUUCACAGAAAGAAAUACCUUUGGAUGAGUCCACUUUGUCUUCACACAAAGAAAUACCUUUGGACGAGUCGACUUUGUCUUCACAGAAAGAAAUACCUUUGGAUGAAUCCACUUUGUCUUCACAGAAAGAAAUACCUUUGGACGAGUCGACUUUGUCUUCACAGUUGGAAAUACCUUUGGAUGAGUCCACUUUGUCUUCACAGAAAGAAAUACCUUUGGACGAGUCGACUUUGUCUUCACAGGAAAAAAUACCUUUGGGUGAGUCUACUCAAUCCUCAGAAACAGAUGGGAAAGACAUGCAUUUGGACAAGUCCACUCAGUCUUUUGAACCAUUCCAGAAAAAUACACCUUUGGAAGAUUCAACUUCCAGAAAAUAUGAAAAAGACAUACCUUUGAAUGAAUCCUUCCAGUCUGUAGAAACUUACCAGAAAGACACAGCUUUGAAAGUGUCCACUCCUAAAGAGCAGAAAGACAUACCUUUGGAAGCAUCCACUGGGUCUUCAGGAACUCACCAGAAACACAUACCUUUGGAAGCAUCCACUGGGUCUUCAGGAACUCACCAGAAACAUAUACCUUUGGAAGCAUCCACUGGGUCUUCAGGAACUCACCAGAAACACAUACCUUUGGAAGCAUCCACUGGGUCUUCAGGAACUCACCAGAAACACAUACCUUUGGACGAGUCUACUCUGUCUUUAGAAACAUAUCACAACGAUAUAUCUAUGGGAAAAUCUACUUCAGAAACAUACCACAGUGAUAUACCUUUGGUCGAGUCCGCGUAUUCUUCACAAAAAGACCUACCUUUGGACGAAUCCACUCUGUCUAUAGAAGCAUAUCACAAAAACAUACCCUUGGAAGAGUCUACUUCAGAAACAAACCAAAAAAGCAUACCUUUCGACGAGUCCACUUAUUCUUCACAAAAAGAUAUACCUAUGGACGAAUCCAUUCAGACUGCACAAAAAGAUAUACCUUUGGAACAGUCCACUCUUGCUUUUGAAACGUAUCAGAAAAACAUUCUUAAGGACGAGUCAACUUCAAAAACAUACCAGAAAGAAAUAUCUACGAAAGAAUCCAUUUCAGAAACAUCCCAAAAAGAAAUAUCUUUGGACCUGUCAACUCAGUCUUCACAGAACAACAUACUUUUGGAAAAAUCCAGUCUGUCUCUAGGAACGUAUCAGAAAAACAUACCUUUGGACGAGUCCACUUCAAAGACAUACCAGAAAAACAUACCUUCGGACGAGUCCACUUCAGAGACAUACCAGAAAAACAUACCUUUAGACGAGUCCACUUCAGAGACAUACCAGAAAAACAUACCUUUGGACGAGUCCACUUCAGAGACAUACCAGAAAAACAAACCUUGGGACGAGUCCACUUCAGAGACAUACCAGAAAAACAUACCUUUGGAAGAGUCUACUCUGUCAUCACAGAAAGAUAUACCAAUGGGCGAAUCUAUUUCAAAAACACACCAGAAAGAUAAAACCGUGGAAGAGUCCACUUCAGGAACACACCAGAAAGACAAAAGCUUGGAAGAGUCCACCUCAGAAACACACCAAAAAGUCAACACUUUGGAAGAGUCCACUGCAGAAACACACCAGAAAGAUAGACAUUUGGAAGAGUCAAGUUCAGAAUCACACCAGAAAAACAUACCUUUGGAAGAGGCUACUCUGUCUUCACAGAACGAUAUACCAAUGGGAGAAUCUAUUUCAGAAACACACCAGAAGGUCAACACUUUGGAAGAGUCCACUGCAGAAACACACCAAAAAGUCAACACUUUGAAAGAGUCCACUGCAGAAACACACCAAAAAGUCAACACUUUGGAAGAGUCCACUGCAGAAACACACCAAAAAGUCAACACUUUGGAAGAGUCCACUGCAGAAACACACCAAAAAGUCAACACUUUGGAAGAGUCCACUGCAGACACACACCAAAAAGACAACACUUCGGAAGAGCCCACCCAGUCCCCACAGACAAGCACACCAACAUGGCGAACCCCCCAUGACGUCCACAAGUCUUUGUCCAGCCCAGCAGUGUCUGUCCACGAAUCUGUUCUCUCGUCUGGUGUACGUCCGUACGCCAGGGAUGAUGGGACGAAUCACGUGACCAGCGAGGAAACCUCACAGCGGUUAGAGACAAAGCCGACAUCUCUGACUACCGCUCUAAUGCCAGACGGCGGGGAGACACAGAGGUCACCUCAGUCAUUGGGGGUAAGGAGGACCACUCAGAGGGCACAGGGCGAGUCCAUUCAUUGGAGGGGGACUGACGUAAAUACUCAGGCUACAAGGACAAGUGAGUUUCUGGAAGAGUCCAUUCAUUCGAGGGGGGCAAACAUACGUACUCAGACCCCGAAGACGAGUGAAUUUCUAGAAGAGUCCAUUCAUUCGACAGGCGAGACUACUCAGGCGACAAGGACAAGCAAAUUUCUGGAAGAGUCCAUUCACGCAAGGGGGAUAGACACAACUACUAAAGUGACAAAAUUGGAAACAUCUUCUGAGUCACCGGAAAUAAAAACAACAGCAGCAGCCAAACAAAACCACACAGUUGUGGAAAGUUACCGGCUAUCUUCUGAGAGAGAAACACCCAGGAAGAUUUCUGAGAAGGAAGAUACGCCAAAGGAAACAUCCACUCUGUCCGUGAAAUCGACGACCAUGACACAUGAGAAGGGAAGACUAAAGGAAGUGCUAGCUCGUGUGCUGGGGACAGGAACGUCAACACGAGACACCCAGGACAAAGAUGAUGUACGUGAUACUACAGCGACCAGUCGUCCAACUGUGACGCUCACUUCUUCAGAGGAAGACAAAUCUGUGAUUUCUACAAAACAAACUGAAUCAAUUCCACAGACAGAAGUUACAAGGCUGCCCUCUUCUUCAUCAAACGUGCUAAGACACUCUGAAGUCAUUGAACCCUACUUGAACAAACGUAAUAAAACGACGGAAGAUUUAUCUGAGAUACUGACUUCUUCAGAAGAAGACAGCCCUGCUUCAUUUACAAAACAAACUGAAUCAAUCCCACAGACAGAAGUAACGGGGCCACCUUCUUCCAAAAACACCCAAAGACACUCUGAAGUCAUUGAACCCUAUUUGAACAAACGUAAUAAAACGACCAAAGAUAUAUCCGACAGACGAACAACACCUAAGCCAUCGUCUAGGGCAGACAUUCUGGAAGAUGAAUCCACCACGACGUCUGUCACAGAGGUGUCAACGAAGUCCUCUCUCGUGGCUUUGCUGCUCGGGCGACAUAAAGAACAUCAACAAAAUCCUACUCACUCGUCCAACACCACGACCAUGCCACCAUCAUCACCACAACCAAAAAGAUUCCAUGAACCAAACACGAUAUCUGUUCCCACCAGCUCGACACAGUCACGGGAUAUCACGCAGACCCUCCUACUGAACAAAUCCUCACAGACCACGCAGUUGGGAACGAUUUCUUCGUCUCCUCUCAUGACGCAGCCUAGCCAGACUUCCCGGCUCACUCGUGGUCAAGACAGGAACGAUUUCACGGCGAUAUCGAGUAGCGACAGGACACAUUCUCAGUCAACAGAUCCGAUCAGACUCCAUCUAACUACGGAGAGAAGCAGAAUGAGCGAACCCAGAAAGCCCCAUAAGUCUUUCCUGGUGCAGAGAUUCGACCAGAUCUGGGAGACGCCAGAAAGUUACGUCCCUUCCCAGACUGAUCAGGUUGUUGGUUCCUCAAGUGAGUCCGCGCGGACGGAGACAAUGCCGAUGUCCACUCAGACAACAGACCCAAACAGAUCAACUCAGACGACACAUACAGACGCGUCUAUUCAGACAACAAUCCCAGGCACGUCUAUUCAGACAACAAACCCAAGCACGUCUAUUCAGACAACAAACCCAAGCACGUCUAUUCAGACAACAAACACAGACACAUCUAUUUAUACACACUUCACAACGACCAUAAAGACACCGAAAACAAUCCGCUCAGAAAACGCACCAACGACAUACCCCGACCAUCUGAUUGAUGACACUGAAAAGCCAAUGCUGACAAAAGGGUUAGACGGAAUACUUUCAACUUCAGGGGACGGCGAAUUUACGCCUUUUUCAAUUCAAAAAGUGUCGGUUUCAUCGGGAGAACUCAGAAAGCCCAUAACUUCUACUAAGACAAACAAACACGCUCAUCUCAUAGACACAUAUAUGGACGUUCAGACUGUUGAAGGUAGCGAGUCGAAUCUGAUAUCGGAAACGGACACGUCCGGUCCAUCCUCAGCACCACACGCGUCAUCUCUACCAGGAGAACCAGAUAUGUCGUCAAUUGACGCAAAACUAGACACGCUCUCUCCAACUACACAACUAUACACACUCUCUCAAACUACACAGAAAGACACACUCUCUCAAACUACACAGAAAGACACACUCUCUCAAACUACACAGAAAGACACACCCUCUCAAAGUACACAACAAGACACACUCUCUCAAACUACACAACCAGACACACCCUCUCAGACUACACAACCAGACAAGCUUAAAACACCGUCAGAAUUUGCCAAGUCCUCGCCCACACCCCACCCUGCCUCGUUCACUCAGACGAGAGGAUCAGACAAUCGACCUCUGACAGCAGAGAAAGACAAGUCAGUGACUUCUUCAAACCUACAGGAAUCAUCAAAUCCUCACACAGAACGGACAAAGUCAUCUUCUUCCACAAACCUACAAGAAUCAACAAUUCCACAGACAGAAGUAACGAGGUCCCCUUCUUCAAACGUACAAGAACCAACAAUUCCUCUCACAAAUGAAACAAAGUCAUCUUCUUCAAACCUACAGGAACCAUCAAAUCCUCGCACAGAAAGAACGAGGUCUCCUUCUUCAAUUUCAAACCAAAUUAAACCAACAAUUCCACAGACAAAAAGAACGAAGUCUCUUUCUUCAAACCAACAGGAACCAUCAAUUCCACCGACAGAAGAAACGACGUCAUCUUCUUCAAACCAAAAAAAAUCAACAAUUUCACAGACAGAAGAAACGAAGUCACUAUCAUCCUCAAACCUACAGGAACCAAAAAUUCCACAAACCGAAAGAACGAGGUCUCUGUCUUCAAACCUACAAAAAUCUACAAUUCCACAGAAAAAAAGAACAGGGUCACUUUCAUCUUCAAACCUACAGGAACCAACAAUUCCUCUCACAGAAAGAACGAAGUAUCCUUCUUCAAACCAACAAGAACCAACAAUUCCACAGGCAGAAAGAACGAGCUCACCUUCUUCUACAAACGUCCAAGGACGCUCUGACAUCAUACAGCCCUUCUUGGACAACUCAGCCCCCGAAGACGUCCCAUCGAGUCACACUAGGAAAACGAACACUUUCACCACCGACACUAAUUCUCAACCCGCUAUGGUCGCCACAAGAAAGAAGUCCAUGAAUGAGGCCACAGUCUCAAACACAAAAGAGACCGCUCAAGUUUUGGAAAAAGUGCGUCAUUCAAACAACAUUGCUGCUCUAAGUACACCCCACAGUUUGGUGACGUUUUCGGCACUAUCUGACACACUGACUGGAUCUCAACAAAGUGUAGGUACACACUCUCGGAGAUCAGAACUAGGAGUGGAAAACAACACAGUAAAACUGGACACACCUGCACCUCAGAGUACCAGUACAUCAAAACACUUCGCAGUAUCAGAGGGAACAGCACGCUCAGCACUCACCAAACCAACACAGAUACGUCCUAAAUCGAGACUGGAAGGACGACAAAGUCAAACCGGAAAUCCUCCACCGUCGGUGUAUUAUUCCGGGCAAGAAGACGUGACGUAUGAGACUCCACCCCCAGCACAGACAACACGGACACGUGAGGUUCUGGAAGAGUCCAUUCACUCAAAGGGGACAUACACACCUAUUCAGAUGACAAAAUUGGGAAAAUCUUCCGAGUCACCGGAAACAAAAACAACAGCAGCAGCCAAACAAAACCACACAGUUGUGGAAAGUUACCGGCUAUCUUCUGAGAGAGAAACACCCAGGAAGAUUUUUGAGAAGGAAGAUACGCCAAAGGAAACAUCCACUCUGUCCGUGAAAUCGACGACCAUGACACAUGAGAAGGGAAGACUAAAGGAAGUGCUAGCUCGUGUGCUGGGGACAGGAACGUCAACACGAGACACCCAGGACAAAGAUGAUGUACGUGAUACUACAGCGACCAGUCGUCCAACUGUGACGCUCACUUCUUCAGAGGAAGACAAAUCUGUGAUUUCUACAAAACAAACUGAAUCAAUUCCACAGACAGAAGUUACAAGGCUGCCCUCUUCUUCAUCAAACGUGCUAAGACACUCUGAAGUCAUUGAACCCUACUUGAACAAACGUAAUAAAACGACGGAAGAUUUAUCUGAGAUACUGACUUCUUCAGAAGAAGACAGCCCUGCUUCAUUUACAAAACAAACUGAAUCAAUCCCACAGACAGAAGUAACGGGGCCACCUUCUUCCAAAAACACCCAAAGACACUCUGAAGUCAUUGAACCCUAUUUGAACAAACGUUAUAAAACGACCAAAGAUAUAUCCGAGAGACGAACAACACCUAAGCCAUCGUCUAGGGCAGACAUUCUGGAAGAUGAAUCCACCACGACGUCUGUCACAGAGGUGUCUACGAAGUCCUCUCUCGUGGCUUUGCUGCUCGGGCGACAUAAAGAACAUCAACAAAAUCCUACUCACUCGUCCAACACCACGACCAUGCCACCAUCAUCACCACAACCAAAAAGAUUCCAUGAACCAAACACGAUAUCUGUUCCCACCAGCUCGACACAGUCACGGGAUAUCACGCAGACCCUCCUACUGAACAAAUCCUCACAGACCACGCAGUUGGGAACGAUUUCUUCGUCUCCUCUCAUGACGCAGCCUAGCCAGACUUCCCGGCUCACUCGUGGUCAAGACAGGAACGAUUUCACGGCGAUAUCGAGUAGCGACAGGACACAUUCUCAGUCAACAGAUCCGAUCAGACUCCAUCUAACUACGGAGAGAAGCAGAAUGAGCGAACCCAGAAAGCCCCAUAAGUCUUUCCUGGUGCAGAGAUUCGACCAGAUCUGGGAGACGCCAGAAAGUUACGUCCCUUCCCAGACUGAUCAGGUUGUUGGUUCCUCAAGUGAGUCCGCGCGGACGGAGACAAUGCCGAUGUCCACUCAGACAACAGACCCAAACAGAUCAACUCAGACGACACAUACAGACGCGUCUAUUCAGACAACAAUCCCAGGCACGUCUAUUCAGACAACAAACCCAAGCACGUCUAUUCAGACAACAAACCCAAGCACGUCUAUUCAGACAACAAACACAGACACAUCUAUUUAUACACACUUCACAACGACCAUAAAGACACCGAAAACAAUCCGCUCAGAAAACGCACCAACGACAUACCCCGACCAUCUGAUUGAUGACACUGAAAAGCCAAUGCUGACAAAAGGGUUAGACGGAAUACUUUCAACUUCAGGGGACGGCGAAUUUACGCCUUUUUCAAUUCAAAAAGUGUCGGUUUCAUCGGGAGAACUCAGAAAGCCCAUAACUUCUACUAAGACAAACAAACACGCUCAUCUCAUAGACACAUAUAUGGACGUUCAGACUGUUGAAGGUAGCGAGUCGAAUCUGAUAUCGGAAACGGACACGUCCGGUCCAUCCUCAGCACCACACGCGUCAUCUCUACCAGGAGAACCAGAUAUGUCGUCAAUUGACGCAAAACUAGACACUCUCUCUCCAACUACACAACUAUACACACUCUCUCAAACUACACAGAAAGACACACUCUCUCAAACUACACAGAAAGACACACUCUCUCAAACUACACAGAAAGACACGCUCUCUCAAACUACACAAAAAGACACACCCUCUCAAACUACACAACCAGACACACCCUCUCAGACUACACAACCAGACAAGCUUAAAACACCGUCAGAAUUUGCCAAGUCCUCGCCUACACCCCACCCUGCCUCGUUCACUCAGACGAGAGGAUCAGACAAUCGACCUCUGACAGCAGAGAAAGACAAGUCAGUGACUUCUUCAAACCUACAGGAAUCAUCAAAUCCUCACACAGAACGGACGAAGUCAUCUUCUUCCACAAACCUACAAGAAUCAACAAUUCCACAGACAGAAGUAACGAGGUCCCCUUCUUCAAACGUACAAGAACCAACAAUUCCUCUCACAAAUGAAACAAAGUCAUCUUCUUCAAACCUACAGGAACCAUCAAAUCCUCGCACAGAAAGAACGAGGUCUCCUUCUUCAAUUUCAAACCAAAUUAAACCAACAAUUCCACAGACAAAAAGAACGAAGUCUCUUUCUUCAAACCUACAGGAACCAAAAAUUCCACAAACCGAAAGAACGAGGUUUCUGUCUUCAAACCUACUAAAAUCUACAAUUCCACAGAAAAAAAGAACAGGGUCACUUUCAUCUUCAAACCUGCAGGAACCAACAAUUCCUCUCACAGAAAGAACGAAGUAUCCUUCUUCAAACCAACAAGAACCAACAAUUCCACAGGCAGAAAGAACGAGCUCACCUUCUUCUACAAACGUCCAAGGACGCUCUGACAUCAUACAGCCCUUCUUGGACAACUCAGCCCCCGAAGACGUCCCAUCGAGUCACACUAGGAAAACGAACACUUUCACCACCGACACUAAUUCUCAACCCGCUAUGGUCGCCACAAGAAAGAAGUCCAUGAAUGAGGCCACAGUCUCAAACACAAAAGAGACCGCUCAAGUUUUGGAAAAAGUGCGUCAUUCAAACAACAUUGCUGCUCUAAGUACACCCCACAGUUUGGUGACGUUUUCGGCACUAUCUGACACACUGACUGGAUCUCAACAAAGUGUAGGUACACACUCUCGGAGAUCAGAACUGGGAGUGGAAAACAACACAGUAAAACUGGACACACCUGCACCUCAGAGUACCAGUACAUCAAAACACUUCGCAGUAUCAGAGGGAACAGCACGCUCAGCACUCACCAAACCAACACAGAUACGUCCUAAAUCGAGACUGGAAGGACGACAAAGUCAGACCGGAAAUCCUCCACCGUCGGUGUAUUAUUCCGGGCAAGAAGACGUGACGUAUGAGACUCCACCCCCAGCACAGACAACACGGACACGUGAGGUUCUGGAAGAGUCCAUUCACUCAAAGGGGACAUACACACCUAUUCAGAUGACAAAAUUGGGAAAAUCUUCCGAGUCAGAAGAAACAAAAACAACAGCAGCAGCCAAACAAAACCACACAGUUGUGGAAAGUUACCGGCUAUCUUCUGAGAGAGAAACACCCAGGAAGAUUUCGACCCAAGACAAAGAACUCGACACAGGCUGUGUGACGUCACCUCCAGAAACCCCCGCACAACCUUCCACAGAAGACAAACGACACCUCAAAGGCCGAGAGGACACUCCCGUUGUCAUGGCAACACCCUCCUCUAAUCCAACGAUAACGCGAACGACGAUAACAAAAAAUGAUGUCGACGAAAGCUUCACCUCGUCCAACAGUAGAACAACAACACCGACGACAACGACGUUGAUGAUGAAAGUUUUGUCGACGGGAGACCCGACCUCUGACCCCGGCCGCCGUGUGGCGCUGUGCCCUGGGUGUCUGCAGCCCGUCAUUGACAGAAUCACUCACCAACUGUGGGUUCUGACGAAGACUGCUUACAAACACCACCUGUCUUUCCUGGAGGUGGUGGCAGAACUCACGCGUCUCAGGAGGGAGCUCGAGAGAUACGUCAUGACGUCACUCAGGGAAACCAUCAGACGGGAAGUGGAGAGAGAGGUACGGAGAGUGAUGAGUCUGCAACUCGAGCAGACGGGAAGGAAGUUUCGUAAAAGACGUUCCGUCGUGGAUAUGGCCCAGAAAGUCAUGAAAAAUAAUGUGGAACUUCUAUACGGGAACAAGGAGCCAACUCUAACUACGAAGCUGCAAUCAGUGAGCGCAGUCAUAGACUCAAAACGUCGUUUGAAGCGAGAGGGGACGAGAGAAGAAAUCGUGCCUAGAUCUACAUCGCCCACACAAUCAGAAGAUUUCUACGAUGCAGAUUUCGGAAAUAUUUUUGGAGAAAGCUUUCCAGACACGAUAGACCCAACAAGCCCAACGAUGAAGAAAUUUGUGUCUGAGUUGGGGGCUAAAUCUGAGAUUAUGACAAACAAAAUAGAUCCUUCCUCAACGUGCGUGCUGUGUCGACCAAAGAUCGACAAGAUACUGGCAAAGUUGUUGCUGCUGGCGGAAGUGGCUCACAAGCACAAUCUGUCGUUCCGGGAGGUGGUGGCGGAACUUACCGCGCUUAGGCGGGAUCUCCGGAGUAAUGUGGAAAGGUCUAUGGUCGAGGUGGUGAGACAGGAAGUGAUUCAACAAGUGAGGGAGGCGGUCAGGAGACGGAUGUCUGUGUAG